AUGGGGGCAAUGAAUCUUCGACGAAGCUUAUCACCUCUACGUGCAAAAUGUGAAGCUUUGAUUUGGGCUAUGCAGUGCAUGAAGACUCUGCAGUUUUCAGAUGUAGUGUUCGAGAUAGAUUUUUCUCAACUGGUGAAGAUGGUGUCCUCACUUGAGGAUUGGCCAGCGUUUGCUACACACAUGGAAGAAUUUAACCGCAGUAAGACUUUCUUCCCUAGUUUCAAGAUCAGACAUAUUACAAGGACACAAAACACAAUGGCGGACAAGCUUGCACGUGGUGCAAGGAGUUCUCCUUCAGCUAUGUUAUAUGUUGAUUCAAUACCACCGGUUUGGCUACAUGAACCGGUGGAUUCCUCGUAG